AUGGCUGCUUUGCAAGAAAAAAAGACCUGCAGCCAGAGGAUGGAAGAAUUCCAGCGGUACUGCUGGAACCCGGACACGGGCCAGAUGCUGGGACGCACUCUGUCUAGGUGGGUGUGGAUCAGCCUCUACUAUGUGGGUUUCUACGUGGUGAUGACAGGGAUCUUCGCGCUGUCCAUCUACACGUUAAUGUGGACAAUCGACCCAUACACGCCAGACUAUCAGGAUCAAUUAAAAUCGCCAGGGGUGACUUUAAGGCCAGAUGUUUAUGGAGAGCGAGGUCUGGAAAUCUUCUACAAUGUCUCCAAUAAUCGAACGUGGACAGACCUCACAUACACCCUUCACAAGUUCCUGGCAGCCUAUUCUCCAGCCGCCCAGGCGACCAACAAAAACUGCACUUCGGAGAGCUACUACAUCCAGGAUAGUUUUGACGCUCCCAACCACACCAAGUACUCCUGCAAGUUCUCUAUAGACACGCUGCAGAACUGCUCUGGCUUGACGGAUCCCAACUUUGGGUUUGAAGAAGGAAAGCCGUGCUUUAUUCUUAAAAUGAACAGGAUUGUCAACUUUCUCCCUGGCAACACUACAAUUCCCAGAGUGGACUGUACGCUACUGGUAAGCGAAAGCCUUCUUGGCACGCCACCCCUGCAGGUCGAGUACUACCCACCCAACGGCACCUUCAGCCUACACUACUUCCCUUACUAUGGCAAGAAAGCACAGCCUGAAUAUAGAAACCCUCUGGUGGCAGCAAAAUUCCUCAAUAUUCCUAAGAAUAAAGAAGUUAUCAUCGUGUGCAAAGUUCUUGCAGAACAUGUCACCUUCGACAAUCCUCAUGACCCUUAUGAAGGAAAAGUGGAGUUCAAACUUAAAAUUGACAAGUAA